UCCAGUCACAAGUUCAAGAGCAUCGGCGGCAGACUCAUUGCGGCCAUCGCGAGCGGCACACGCGAACGCGGGAAAUAUUUGUUCUGAAUUCGAAUUUGACGUGUGUUUUUUUUAAUUUCUCGCAAGGGUUGACGGACAAGCAACGAUGCAGAACCUCAUACGGUCAGCAAUCCUGCUACUCGCAGUAGCAGCAACGUGCGCCGCACCGGCAUCAGACAAUAACCUGACACAGGAGAAAAAUGAGCCAUCGACUCAUGAGUUUCUCAGCUCCCUCGGUCUUAAGAAGUUGCGUUUACCAGCCGCCCACCACAGAAAGCGGUUAGCUGAACAAGGCAGGCGACAUGGCACCGGUGACUCCAGAAUGUUCGUGAUCAAGCUACCACCAAACAUGAACUACUACAGUAAUAUAGACCCUGCACCAGUUGCAGCCAGGAAACUACCCCUUCAAAUGCACGGCAAUGGAAAACCAGCUCGGGUGUAUCAUUGGAACCUCCCAGUUCUCAACAAACUGGCAAAGAACCGGCCUCAGGCGCGUCUCAAUGAUGACAUAGUAAAUAUAGAAAACACUCAAACAUGGACAAAGGCUCACCCCAAUGCCAUAGAGUCGAUAGCCUACUAUGUCCCGGCGAAAGUUCCGUCAUUCAGGAAAUACUACUCUGGUAAUGGAAAACCCAAGUCGUUCUACGUCUUAGAAAAGGAUAAGAAAGCUGCGGAAUAUCACAAGUUCCUGCCAUAAUUUCACGUAUUCGACCUGUAUAACUUUCCAGGCCUGCAUUUAACUACCUUUAACCUAUGUGUAUAAUGACCCACAAACUUAUUAGAUUGUUUACAUAAGCAUUGUCUACAUGCAUCGUAUAUUUAAUUUUUAGAGUUGCCAGUUUAAAAAACAAUAUCCCAGUGACUUAUUACAUUUAUAAAUUGUUUUUAAUUGUAUGUUAAAUUUUUCAAAACCCAGUGAUGCCUUUACUAUACUAUACUACAAAGGUUUUUCUAUGAAAUAAACGCAAUAAUCGUCCAAUAUUAUAAGGACAUAUUUUAUUUGUAAAUAGUGGCUAAUAGCUUAAGUAACAAUAGGUGCUUCAAAUAAUUAAUGAAGACUGCGAUACGAAUUUAAAUUAUUAACAAUUUAGCUAUAGAAUUAUUUAAGAGCCAACAGAUUCAGUAGAAGUCUGGACCAAAAGAUUACUUUUUGCCGAAAUGUAUUUCCCAUAGUUUUGUCUGUAUACCUAAAUCAUAACAUUUUAAAGAUGUGAAUAAGCUCAAAAUGUGCAUUUAAUCAAUUAUUAAUAAUAUGUUAUAAUGUAUAGCUUUUACUUACUUACAAUCGCAACGCCUGCGUCUUGGCCUUAAGUUCGAAUCCUGGUUUAUAACUUACUAAAAUUAUGUAAACUUAACUAGACUAAAAUACUGAGACGCUAGUUAGUAAUGUCUGCUCCCACAUACUAUAAAUUUAAUAUUCACGUUUAUAAUCUGUGCUUUAUACGAAGUCUUUAUUAGACGAAAGACAAAAAAAGUAAAUCAAAUUUCAAGUCAAAAAUGAGCACAAACUUUUAAUGCCGAAUUAGGUCCCUGAACGUACGUAUUUAAUAAAUGUAUAGGCGAACCUUAAACGAGGUUUAAUAAUUUAAUAAUGUAGGCAAUAUUGUCUUUGAUUAUUAUUUGGUGUAGCCUGCAAAUGUGUAGUCGAUCAACUUAAAAACGCUUUAGCUUUAUUUUAGUUUUUAACUAAGUAGAUGUUAUAUGUAAUUAUUUGAUAUUUUGUACAACAUUUAAUGUAAUAAA